ACGAACAAAUUUUUAUUUUGCGGGAAAAAAACCAACUGUUGAAAGAUUAUACAAAGAAAAUAAAAAGGGGAAAAGUUAAUUAUUCUCCAAUGUGACGACCGGAAGCUACAAUAAGCGGUUACAGUCAAGUUUCAAGAUAAGAGGCUAUGGACGACAUUUAACAGCAGCUAACAGACACAGGAGUUUUGACCACUUCUUGUGGUCGCGCGUGUUUUGUUGGCCGUGUGGACUGAACCGUCCUACACCUUUGACUAGCAAGUCGAGAACUGACAUCUGUUCUUUCACCAUGGAGACGCUGUGGCUCUAUCAGAUUCUUUCUGUGGCCCAGGUUGGUGGAGCUAAUCUUGAUUCGACCUUCAAUACCAGUCAGCACGUGCUGGCCAAUACAUCGUAUGGGACCCUCAGGGGCGUGGCUGACUUCAACAACUCGACUGGAGGGGUCAUCAAGUUCCUUGGCGUGCCAUUCGCCAAACCCCCAACAGGUUCGUCUCACCCUUAAAUAUCAACUGGGAAAUUUGUAUUUAAUCUUCAUUUGAUAAAUCAUUUAAAACAUUCCAGUAUCAGACUUCAAGUGUUACGGAAUUUUUUUUUCAGACUAUCGGAAUUUUUCACACUAUCGGAAAUUUUAGACUGCGGGUAUUUUCAGUUAAAAUAUUAAUAAAAUGUUUUGGACUAAUAACCAUUGUCUCAUGUUCUCCUGUAUUAUUCCAAAAUAAUAUGGUUGAUAGUAUAUAUUAUUUAGAUUACAUUGAUAUAUGCGACAGUCACCGUCCAGGCCAUCUUUCUAGGUGCUGUGACAACUCCAGAUCGUGCCCCAAAAAGACAAAAAUAUCUAAAUUUUCUAUGCCGAAUCCUGGCACGCCAUCAGGUGAAAUUCCGGUGGCAUCCGGUUUGUCUCCACUAUUCACACAGCCUUGCGUUACCCCCGCUCUUAAUGUGAUGGUGCCUUUUAUUUUCUUUUUUCUUUUUCGAAGGUUAAUUUUUGUCAGGAUGCAUAUUUAUGAUUUAUGACGAACCGUUAAUAAUAAAAUCUUGAAACUUAAGAAGGAAUAAUUUCUAAUAUUCUGAUUUAUAGGUUCACGUCGCUUUAAGAGACCGGAAGCACCGGAUCGCUGGUCGGGAGAGAGGAGUGCCUUGCAGGCCGGGCCAUGGUGUCCACAAGCCCUCGACCCCAAGGUGAUCGGUCUGAUCAAGUUGGACGAAGACUGCCUGACGCUAAAUGUGUACACGCCCAGAAGUUCAUCCUACCCCCUGCCUGUCAUGGUGUGGAUACACGGAGGGGCGUUCUACCGAGGCUCGGGCUCACUGUUUAAUGGCGAGGAGUUGGCGCAGAGGGGAGUCGUACUUGUUACCUUCAAUUACCGGCUGGACGUUUUCGGCUUCCUGUCUACGGAAGAUGACAUCCUCCCGGGUAACUACGGACUCCUUGACCAGAUCCUGGCACUGGAAUGGGUCAAACGAAACAUCGCCGCUUUCGGGGGCGACCCUAAUCGGGUGACCGUCUUCGGUGAGAGCGCCGGAGGAAGCAGCGUGUCUCUCCUGCUACUGUCUCCCCUCGCCAGUGGGCUGUUCCAAAAAGCUAUCAUCGAAAGUGGUUCGGCUCUAGCUCCCUGGAGUAUCACCUACCCGACCAGCCAACUGAGCCUCAAUGGUAUAUCCCGACUGACUGGGGAGAAGGUUAACUGCAGGCAAAUAAACUCGGUCGACUUUCUGGCGUGCGUCCAAGCGGCAAACGCUACGGACCUUCUCAGUGCAAGCACACAGCUCCGACUGUCCACAAAACUAGACGUCAUCUACAUACCACGUGUCGAGACGGUCUUCGGAGUUGUACCCGCCCGUCCGUCGCAACUCUUGACCUCUGGUCAGUUCACCAAAGUUGACACCAUCCGUGGCUACAACACCCACGAGGCGCUGUUUCUUUUAGUGAACACGAGCAGCAUAACCCGGCCGGAAUUCCGUCAAAAGAUAUCUCGGGUCAUCUCCCCCUUUAAGCUCUCUGACAUGGAUGCCAUCCUUUCACAGUUUGAAGAAGUUUACCUGGCCAACGUGUCCGACGGUGAUCUCAUCAUCCGCCACGCGCUGUCAGCCAUUUCCGACUACGCCUUCAUCGCACCGAUCGUCUUAGAAACGAAGCUGGCUGCGGCCGCGGCUCCGUCCAAUAAAAACUAUCUCUACGAGUUCCAGUAUAAGAGAAGUGUGAGCGCGACGCCUGCGUGGAUACAAGCUGUGCACGGCGAUGAAGUUCCGUUCGUCUUCGACUCCUUCAGCAACCCACUUUUGUGGCCGGUGGACCAAGGCCACACGCGAGAAGAUGAAGACGUUUCUGACGAGAUCAUCCAACUGUGGACAAACUUCGCCAAGACAGGUGCUCCUACAGAUGACGUGUCUCUGAACGCUCUUAGCUGGAAGCCCUUCACCGCCACGCAGGAGAAUCUUCUGAUCAUCAACAAGUCUCUCACAGCGUCCACUUCUCAAAAAAAUUCAGCAGUUGAGCUCUAUAAAAAAAUUCUGCAACUGAUAGACAAGCAGACCAUUCCCGACGUUAUAGUAGGAUAAUUCACAAAUUUCAAAUGUUGAUUUAUUUCUUUCCCAAUUUCAAUUCUUUGUAAUAAAUGAAAAUAAAUAGA